GUCAGGAUUCCAUAAGUCUUAGAUUGAGUCUAUAGGUUUGUCAGUCAGGGGUCAAAGUCUACGUGGUGAGGUCUGGAACCACUAACCCGGUUGUACACUUAUCACCAUGGUUGGGACCCGUAGUGGGUUAGAGACUAGCCCCUAUAGUAAGGAGCAGCAAGAAAAGAUGGCCGCCUUAGUCCAAGAGAACAGGGAGAGAAAAGAGCGUGAGAAGCAAGCGAAGCUAAAGGCUAUCGCAGACGAGCAGGCGGCGAAGAUGAAGAGAUUGGAGGAGGAGAUGAAGAGAGUACAACAAGAGGAGGGAGAAAGAAGAAAAGCUGCUGAAGCAGAAGCGGCAGCAGAAGAAGAGAAAGAGAGAAUGAGGAUUGAGAGUGGAGAAGGGAGCAGUGGUGGCACGAUGAAGUGGGAGACAGAUACUGAGUUAGAGAAGAAGAUCAGCGAGUGGGUCGCUAAUUUAUCGUUGGUAGAAGACGAGGAGGCGGAGUCAUAUGUGACUAAGGAUGAGAAGGCUGCGCUGGCCGCUGAGCUAGCAGCCAUGACGGAUCCGAUGGAACGAAGAGAGAGGGAAGACGAGAAAAAGUUAGCAUGGAAGCUGAGAAUGAAGAGGGAGAAGAAGAGGAGGAAAGAGGAGGUGAAUAAGAUGACCGCAGCAGUGGCAAAGGUGCAGGAGUGUAGAGCGGAGGUGCUGGCCCAGCCAGAUGAUAAGGCCAAGUGGGACAAGGUACUGGGCUACCUAGAGGUGUUGAGCAAGGCUUGGAUCGAGGAGCGCCAGGCAAGCUGGAGCCAAGAUGUAGCAUUGAGUGCCAUGCGGUCCGGUUUCAGGGAUUUUGCGCGCGAAAUUGUCACCCACAUUGGGGGCGAAGUCAAGCAGUUGAGGGACAAUGUAGGGAAGUUUUGUGAGGGCGCCAUUCAGGGUGCCAAAGCUUCAGCCGCUGUAGAAGGAGAGGCCAGACCCCUAGUCUAUCUAGAUGAUAUUCUCGUUUUUAGUAAGACCCUCCAGGAGCACCAGGGUCAUCUGAGGCAGGUCUUGGAGAAGCUUAGAGAGGCUAACUUCAAGAUCAACGCAAAGAAGUGUGAGUGGGCUAAGACACAAGUUUUGUACUUGGGCCACGUGUUGGACGGAGAUGGUAUUAAGCCAGAGGACAGCAAGAUAGCGGCAAUUAGAGACUGGCCGACGCCCCGCACAUUGACAGAGUUGCGGUCGUUCCUAGGCUUAGCUAACUACUAUAGGAAGUUCGUAAGGAACUUCUCCACUAUCGCCGCCCCCUUGCGCAGAAUGCUAAAGAAAGAAGCAAUCUGGCAAUGGGACAAAGACUGUACGUCCGCGCUCAAGAAGUUAAAGCGCGCGUUAAUAGAAUAUCCUGUCCUCGAAGUAGCAGAUCCGUCCUUGCCAUUUGUCGUUACCACGCACGCAAGUCAGUAUGGGAUAGGCGCCGUGUUGCAGCAAGACGACGACAAUGGCUAUAGACCCGUAGAGUUCAUGUCAGCGAGGAUGCCCUGUGAGAAGGUCGCUACCUCUACGUACGAGCGAGAACUCUACGCUCUUAGGCAGGUUUUAGACCAUUGGAAGCACUACCUCCUUGGGAGGCACUUCAAAGUGCAUUCAGACCACGAAACGCUUAGAUGGUUAAAGACCCAGGCCAAGAUGACACCUAAGUUGACUAGGUGGCCCGCGGAGAUAGACCAAUUCGAUUUUGAGCUCAAGCCAGUGAAGGGCAARUACAACGUAGUUGCGGAUGCUCUGAGUAGGAGAUCAAACUACUUUGGAGCCGUAGUACACUAUCUGGAUAUAGGGAGAGACUUGCAAGAGAAAGUGAGGCAAAGGAGGACAGGAGAAGACACAGGAGGACAGGAGGCGGCAGAGGAGGAGAGAUGCACGAGGAGGGGCGGAGGUGGCAGAGGAAGACGAAGAGGAGAGAUGGAGGGGACGACGAGGCGGAGAGAUAGAGGGGACGACGAGGAGGACGAGAGAUGGAGGGGACGAGAAGGAGGCGAAGGUGACGAGGCGGUAGUCCAAGAUACUUUCAAAGCUCCGAGUACAAGAUUCGAUACUAUGGGGAAAAAAGGAAAGGACAAUACCACGACGGGGAGGAGGAGAGAUGGAGGAGGAAAGGAGGAGGAGGAAGGGGAAGAUGUGGAGGAGGAAGAUGUGGAGGAGGAGGAAGGGGAGGAGGCAGCUUUCCCAUCGCCGGCUCAAUUGCCAGCGAUGGCAGGCCCCUUUGUUCCACAAUUUGGUGUCCCACUAGGUGGUAUGUCAGCAGCAGUAGCGCAGACUAUAGCUUCUUCAUCUUCAGGUCCAGCUGCUGCAGCUUCAAGGCAGCAGGCGGUUCAGUCAUUGACAGGACCACAGCACCCUCGGUAUCUGAAGACCCCAAUGAAACCCCCAACUGUCUUCACAGAAGACAAGAAGGACGAGGCCCUCGACACUUGGUUGAGGACAGUUCCAUUGUGGGUAAGAGUGAAGCGUACACUGCACGGGGAGGAGGUGAUCACUGCCGCUUCUUACUUAGAAGGAUCGGCAACAAGAUGGCUGAAUGGGUAUAUAGCGACAAACGGCUUUGCCAGACUGAUGAACGACUGGACGCAUACCAAGACGCUUGAAAGCUUCAUGGAAAUAGUGGAGGCGCGAUGGCACAACCCUCAGCAGGUUCAACAUGAUGCGUUGACCAGUCUUGAUACUAGGAAGUUCAAGACGGCGAGAGAACUCACAAGUUCCAUGGAGAAACUGGUAGUAGCACCGGGAGUUCGAUAUGAUCCCCUCUUAACCAUGUUCUUGAGAUGUCUUCCCACAGACAUCAAGAAUUUGUUGGUUAGUGAGGCUAGCAUUGAGUAUCACACCCUCGAGUCUUUCAGCAACAAGGCCUUAGACUUAAGGGCAAGGUUGGGAGGGGCUCAGCAGGUAGCAGGGGAUGGGAGAAAGAAAAAGAUUCCACAAGAGUGGAAGAGGAAGGGAAGUUUGAUGAUGGUUGAUUCUGAUGGGAAUCAAACCGACAUCGACGACCUUUCUCAACUUGUGGAGGAUACAGAGAUAGGCAGCGAGGAUAGUGCAGAGGGUAGCAACUUCACCGCGAUAACUAAAGGAAAAGCAGUUGACCGCCGGAAGGGCGGUCAACAAAAGAGUCAGGGGCAGGCUCAGAACUCAAACAAGGCUCCGGCUUGGGUGAGGACUGGCCUGGAUCACGAUGUGUGGAGGGACCAAUAUUUGUGAGGUGCUUGCAUUAACUGCGGUGAGUAUGGCCACCAGCAGUAAGUGCAAGCACGCGAA